AUGGUCGGAAUGAAUAUGGCAACACGCCUCUCCGCUCCUGUCGUAAAUACCUCUGGGCGGCUCACUAGAAAUCGAAUGUUCUCCGCUUCCUCUCGCGCAUGCACUUCUUCCAAAAUAGGGCACAAUAUUAGUUCGCUCGACCCAAAAGCAUCUGUGGAUUCUAAACCUGCAUCAUCUAUUGAAAAGUUUGGCUCACUGCAGGAUCCUACUAUCCCUGAGACUCCUGAAUCCAAAUCGCGUUACCAGCAGAAUAGGCCGACACCACCGCGACGUCCCGGAGUUAAGCCGCCCCCCACUCUCGCUUUGCCCUCUUCUAUGUUUCCACCUCCCCCACGUGUUCCAGUUCCCACGUCGUUACAAAGAGGAAGUGGAUCCGAAGCAUCCGAUAGUCAAGAAAAGACUUUUAAUCUUUACAUGAACUCAUUAAACAAGCAUUAUGACGAUGAGCCCACCCUGAAUGACCUUGAUGCUUUGCGACCUCCUCCUUCUACUAUUCUUGCUGCUCUCAAUGGUGUCAUCGGUAGUGGGCGUGCGCUAUUAGAUCCAAACCAUCCGCUCCACCUUACCAUCGAACGGCUCGGAGCACAAGAGGCCAGUGUAGGGGGAGGGCCAAAGUCGAAACGAACCGUCGUUGCGGGCUCAAAAAAGGCAAAACGUUUAGAAUACCAAGCGCUUUACGCUGCACCGAGGCGAUGA